GUUUCGGCUCAAUGCUUAAAUGAGGCAAUUCAGGCACGGCCCAGCCGUGCUUUUGGCCAAUUCGUAAUUUGACGUCUUAAUUGAGCGCAUCCUCAACUCCAGGGACUGUCCGGACUUGAAAGGAGAGAGGUUGCGAUGGCAGCGAACUAUCCCGGCAUGCCAGACCCAGCAGCCAUGCAGGCGAUGCUUGGCGCUACAUCUCCAGGGGACGCCUCAACCAUGCCGGCGGUACCACCACCUCACUUUGACCCUGCAAUGGCUCAAGCAUACAUGCAGAUGGUGCAGUACAUCCAACAAGGUCUUCAGCAGCAAGCCAACUUCCCAGCGCCGCCCAUGUUUCCCGGCCUUCCCCCUGCGCCGUACACGCCCACGAUGCCUUCCGAGCCGGCGAUCACCGUUUCUGUGGAGGGUAUGAAAUUCCAGUAUCAGCUGACUGAGGAUGACUUGCACAAGGUCUUUAGCCGCUAUGGAGGUGUCAAGCAAAUCCGCGUGGAUGAGGCUGGGGCAAGCGCUGUUAUCAUCUUCGAGCAGUUUCAGGACGCUCAGUCAGCCAUGAACGACCUGAAUGGGAAGGUGCUCAAUGGUUUGGAGGGUACCUUGCGCAUCAAUUGGGCCAACUCUCCAACUCUUCCUGCCCCGUACCCAGGAAUGCCAUUUCCUGCUUGGGGCUUCCCGCCUGCUGGACAAUCUUGGUCACCACCUUCGGCAGUGGGGAAUGCGGCUGCAGCAGCGGGAGGUGCCGACAAGUCUCCUGGAAAGAGUCAGAAGAAGUACACCUGCCGUUUCAUCAUCGGCAUUGAGAAUGACAAGGAUUUCCAGGUGGCUCGCCGUAUCAUUGGUGCAAAAGGGACCAACAUGAAGCGCAUCGUGAAGCAGACAGAAGCCAAGUUGCGUCUCCGUGGGGUGGGUUCUGGCUACUUCGAGGGUGCUGGACAAAAGGAGAGCUCUGAACCAUUACAGCUUUGCAUCUCCUGCACCAGCCAUGAAGGCUACAAAACCGCAGUGCGUGGUGUUGAAGAGCUAUUGAACCGCGUGUAUGAGGAGUACAGGCAGUUCUGCAGGGAGAAUGGAAAGUCAGUCCCAGAUCUGCAGAUCAACUUGACGGAGAACCAACUCGUGUAUAACUCGAAAGCGCCCUUCACAGGGGGCAUGGGCCUAGAUGAUGACGAAGGUGAUGGAAAAGACAAGCGAAAGGGAAAGUCACGAUCUGCCAAGGAGCCGGUGAAGAGCCAGGACGGUAACAUCGACCGCGGGGAGCCUGGACCUAAUGCGCCUCCAGUGCAGGAGAUUGAGAAACUCAUCGAUGAGCGCAAUGAGGCGCGCAGGGCCAACAACUUCCCGGAGGCCGAUCGGAUCCGCCAGCUCUUGCACUCUCGCGGCGUGGCCCUCAUGGACGAGCCCGGUGGACGGGGAAAGGGUGCCGAGGUGACCACCUGGCGCUAUUGGAGGGACUAAGCACUUGUUCAUCGUGGUCCACCAGAAAGGUGGAUCGGUGGACAGUGAUCAGGCCAUGUCAAAGCCGACCUCAGCUGCAUUGCAUUUUGCGGAUAUUUGUCACAGCGCUUCAAGUCUUUGCAAUCAAAAUAACAAAACACCUCAAUUUAUCUCAAAGUUUCUUGCCAAGAAUUGCA